UAAUAGUCAACCGCUACUUCUCGUGCAUUUUCAUCAAUUGAAUGCCCCAAAUAUGGAUAAGAUAUCCUGCUUAAAUAACGUGUGCGGUAUGCUCCCGUUCCUUUCUGUUGAGGUACCUGACCAAUUUUAUCGUCUAUUCACGUCGCUUUGUUUGCAUGCCGGUAUACUUCAUCUGGCCAUUACAAUCGCUUUUCAACACAUUUUUCUAGCCGACCUGGAACGUUUAAUCGGGCCAAUUCGAACCGCUAUUGUAUACAUUGGUUCCGGUUUGGCAGGCAACUUGACCAGCGCUGUAUUAGUGCCAUACAAGCCAGAGGUUGGACCAUUCGCAUCAUUGUCUGGGGUGGUUGCCUCACUGGUUGUUCUGCUUAUACUAACUCACUGGAAACAAAUGCGCAAACCUCAUAUAGCUCUAUUCAAAUUGAUAUGCACAGCAGCACUCCUUUUCGGAAUUGGUACACUUCCGUGGCAAUUGAACUUUGCAGGCCUGUUGGCAGGUACAUUUUGCGGGAUCUUCUUAACUAUCGCAUUGGUGCCGUUUGUCACCAUCACCAAAUACGGACGAAAAGCAAAGAUAAAUCUUAUCUGGUCCUGCGUCCUGUUCCAUUUUUUCAUAUAUUCGGUAUUAUUAGUGACAUUCUACGUAUUUCCGACGGAAUUAAUCCCUCUAAAUGUGGAGGAAGUUUUCGGUACUAAUUUCAAUUCGAAUUCGGGUGGCAGCAAUAUGGCCAACCGUCCUAGUUUUGGUGUCAGCGUUGGAGGAAUUGACCUCAGUAGUAGCCAUUUAGUCGGCGGCAGUGAUAUACCGUGUAUUGUCAGCAACGAGAAUGACCGAAGUGCCGAUGGCGGUAGUAAAGAUAAUCAAUAUAAAUCGGUGCAGCAACAGCAACAAUAUUACUAUCGCCGUCGCUCAAGUGAUAUAUUAACAAAAGGAGCGCAAUUAUUAAGGAGUCCAAUACAAAAGCAACCGAGAGAGAUAAGCCUUUCUACAGGACUUUAUCAUAAUGCUUAUCAUAUGAGACGCAGCAGCAUUCAAAUGAGUGGCAAAUACCAACACGAUUUUAAUAACAUUGGCAAAAACAUGUUUGCAAAUUAUUAUUACACAAAUGGUUCAAAAAGCCUUAUGAAAAGAGAUUAUAAAAUGUUGGAGGACACAAUGAAAUACGACUGCAAUGACCCCAUCAACAAUGCCGGUCAUACGUUAAAAAUUAUCGGUGCUAGAGCGGCCGUGGGCAAUAACAGCAACGUAUAAUAUGAUUAAAAGUGUAAUAAUAAGCAAUUGCAAUGUCGACAGUCAGAGUGACAUAAAAACUAUGAAGCGGCGUCUGCAUCGUUUGAAAUUUGACAUUAGUGGUCGACAUGCGGCUAACUAACAAGAACACCAACUAUAACAACAACAAAGAAAUUCAUGCAUUAAAUUAAGUCAAAAAACUGCCGACAGCGAGAGUGUUACCACUCUCUGAUUUAAGGAGCCCGCAUACAGAAAAUAGUCGCGACGUUGGCGACAUGGAAGAUGGCGCAGGAACAUACUUGUAUAGAGUCGAAACUAAUACCGAGGACAGCGUGGCUGGAGAACUACCAUCUAUAAAUACUGCUUCAGCGCAGUCACAGCAAAAUUUACUUGUAAAGAAAGUAACGCCUACAUAAUUUACAGGAAUAUAUGUAUCUAAACGCAAAAAAUAUUAGGGGUAUUCGCAAUCCGGCGUAAAGCGUUAAUUAAAUCGUUGAUAAGUGGCAGAAUAGGUUAAGUUAGAUUGAAGUGGUUGUUCACGGAGUGACUAACUCAGGCUCAUGUCCUAUUGUGAUGCCGCAUGGGGAACUUGUCCUUAUCUCUCCUAAAACCAGGGUAUGCUUUUCAAAAAUUUUAGAAGAUCCUUGAUUUCAACAGAACUAAGAUCUAAAAAUUCAUUAAAAAUUGUCUACCUAAAUUGUCAGUCUACGUCUGGACAGAGCAGGACAGUGGCACAAAAGGUGCAGGAUCGUCUCUUCCUCAUCUGGACAACUUCUGCAGAAGUCAUGUAUUUCCACAUAUUCGUCGGGCGAUUCUGCAUGUUGGUUUUUUAAACUAUCUUUCAUUCGCUUCUCUUACAAUUUCCUCAAAGAUAACCAGCUUACUUGUUUGCAAGGGUAGGCCUAUAUCAUUUUUCUAUGUACUCAUCUGGCAAUUUGGUGCUGAGUUUCUCUAGUUUGAGGGCUCUGUAAUUACCCUCAAUGUCACAAUGACCAAGAGCCAAUGUUACCCUUAAGUGAAAUUACGCAGUCAUCUCGCUAAGAGAUGUGCGGAAUUUCCUGGCUAUCUUGGUGGUUGUUCACUGCUUUCUGAAGGAUUUUAUCGGGGCUGACUAUCAGCGAAAAUAUAGAUAUUAUCUCCAGGUAUCGCAUCAAACUGUGCCAGUGUCACGACUUUCAUAAUACCCAUCAGUUCAGCCUUAAAGGCUCUACAGGAAUCGAAAAGUCGAAAAUUGAAGGAGAUUCCCAGUUGUUCUGAAUAUACACCUCCGCCUACCCUACUCUCGAGCUUUGAGCCAUCUGUAUAUACAUGGAUAGACUCGCCCUGUCUUAUAUCGUCCUGUUACCUGUUGUAGAUAAUUGCAAGUGUAGGCGAGUAGUGGCAGAGUAAGACAACUGAAAUCGGCUUUGUAUUCGUAUCUGAGCCAGUCCCAGAAGCAAUUUAUUUCAGACUGUAUUUAUUUUUUCGCUUUCCAUUUUUUAUUAGUGUUUUAAUUUAAUUUUUUUGGUUUUAAGUUUUGUUGCUUGAAUGAAAUGAAUCAGCUGAUUCCAGUGUGAACCAGAGUUUCUAAUCAUAGCAUAUUCAUACAUGUGUAUUAGGGUGGUCCAAAAAAAAUUUGUAUGCUGCC